GGAGCUUCACAAGCCGGGAAUAGACACACAGAUCCGGGUCCACACACGGAAUAUCACACGCGGUGACACAGGAGGAGGAACAGGAGGAGGACGAGGAGGAAGAGGAGGUGGGAGACAAAGUGGAACUAAAUGAAGACUUUGUGAACAUGUGCAGAGAAAGGGCUGGUCCUUUCGCUGCAGACACUUCCACAGAUGCUUUGGCCCAGAGAAAGAUGGAAACCAACGCGGAAAACUCAAGCCAAUCCUGCAGCACGACUCCUAUGGACUGAGCCAACCGGGACCUCGCCCAAGUAUUCUCCACGUACUGCCGACAUCUGACCCCGAAAGCCCCCGAAUCUCGCCAUGACCUCGGAGCUGGAGAGCAGUCUGACCUCCAUGGACUGGUUGCCGCAGCUCAGCAUGAGAGCCGCUAUUCAAAAAACUGACCCCGGGCAUCACUACCACCACCACGGGCACCACCUGCACGGGCCCCACCACCUCAUCGGGCACCAGCAUCACGGGACGGGCGCAAAGAAGAUCGCGCACCUGGACCAGAACACCACGCUCGACCAGGAGGAGGCGGCGCAGCACAGAGACGGGAAACCGCCGUACAGCUACGCCAGCCUGAUAACCUUCGCCAUCAACGGGUCGCCGCGGAAACGCAUGACCCUGAGUGAAAUUUACCAGUGGAUCUGUGAUAACUUCCCCUACUACAGAGAGGCGGGGAGCGGCUGGAAGAACUCCAUUCGUCACAAUCUGUCCUUGAACAAGUGCUUCCUCAAAGUCCCUCGCUCCAAAGAUGACCCCGGAAAAGGUUCAUAUUGGGCCAUAGACACCAACCCCAAAGAGGACUCCGUGCCCAGCCGACCCAAGAAGAGGCCUCGGUCUGGGGAGAGGGCAUCCACUCCGUACAGUCUGGAGUCGGAGUCUUUGAGGAUGGACUGCAUCAUGUCUGGAGGAGCUUCCCCGACAUUGGGCAUCAACUCUGUCACUAACAAGGUGGCGCUCUACAACCCCGAACCAGAGGGGAGCCACAGUCCUGGGAGUCUGGGAGGCAGCCUCAGUAACAGCCUGUCCGACCAGAGCAUGUCCUCGGUCACAAUCAACAACAUAAAUAACCUAAAUAACCUGAACAGCAUGAGCACAGCAGGAGGGAGUGGCACCAGCGCACACGGAUACACCCCGGUGAGCAGUCACUCGGACCCCCCUCAGCCCCCUCCUCCUGCGCCCCAGUCCCAGUACGGUCUCCCCGGCCUGCCCGUCCCGGACGCGGCCAGGGACAAGGCGCUCUGCUUCUCCGACUUCGAGGACCUCAGCGCUUCUUUCCGCAGCCUGUACAAGUGUGUGUUUGAGCAGUCCUUCUCUCAACAAGGUUUGAUGGGUCUCCCCUCGGACUCGGGCCCCCAGUCCAGGACGUCGUGCUCGUACCAGCCCUCCCCCCUCCAGAUCCCCCCUGUGCCCCCCUCCCAUCACCAUCAGCAGCACCUCCAGCCCCACCCGCAGCACCCCGCAGCACCCGCAGCACCCGCAGCCACUGUCCCACCAGAGCCACAGCACACAGCCCUGCUCCAGCACAGCUGUUUUUCUGACCCAGGCCUGUCCUCAGACUGGUAUCCAAACCUGGACUGGCUCAAAGAGAGCUGCCGCAUCGCCACCAGCUACAACUGGGCCGACGUCGACCUUUCACCCUUUCAAGGUCUGAAGGAGAGCAUGCGUCAGGCAGAGCUCAAUAACUGGACUCUGGAUGCAGCACAGAUGGCUGAUUUGUGUUCGUCCAUAAACCAGUUUUUCGCCGCGACCGGUGUGAUCCCCCCACAGAGCGGCUCCCACCCUCCUCACGCCCCGCACCCGUCGCACCCUGGAGCGUCCCAGGCACAGCAGCAGCAGCACAGCGGGGGAGGCCUGCACCAGAAGAGCAGCCAGCACAACCAGCACGGACCACACAACCCACACAUCAGCACAGGGAGUUUGUACAUGGACUCCAGACAGAGCCUGUCUCUGAUGGGGCCCCCCGGAUACUCCCACCUGCCCCCCCUCAGCAGCACCGCCCCCAGUCUGACAGGCCACCACAGUCAGCUGACCCAGCCCCAGCCUCACUCUCUGGGCCCCGGACACUUCCAGGUGAGACGCAUGCUCACCACUGAUGACAUCCAGGACGAUUUCGACUGGGACUCCAUUGUCUAAAAUAACGCAAAACUGCAACAAAAAACACGAAAAAUACUAAAGAAAUACUCAAAAACUACACGUGAUUCCUGGGGACAUGCUACCGCCGCAAGGAAACUGAAGACAAUCCGAGUGACACAAAUGGAUUUCAGUUUGAAGACAAUCAUUUGGGAGAGAUUACAAACUCGAAGUGUAAAAAUAUCGUCCAAAGCGCAAAGGAUUGUGGGGUUGCGUCGCCGUUGACAACAGGGUUAACUUCCGCCAAGAUGUUGUCCAAACAUAUGUGAAGUUCUCAUGCUCUUUUCAGACCCCUAAAAGUAUUUUUGCAGAGGAAAUGACUGUCGUAGGGAACCCAGAAAUUUUAACUGCAACUUAAAUGAUUAUUUUCAUUUGCGUUUCUGUUGUUAGCAUCUCAGUACGGAAGAUAAUUUGUUCCAUUGGAUUUUUAAUUUUAAAUACCACUGAAAAAACUGAAAAAACAUGUUUGAAUUGUUUUUCAUUCAAUUUUAAGUGUACAUUAAUUCAAAAGAAAAAGACUCACCUUUUAAAUAUUCAGCACAAAUAUUUUCAAAUCUCAAAUUCAACAGUUAAAAUUCAGAUUGUAAAAAUUCGCA